UCAACUCAACCAUGAUCCGACCACUCAUAAGCUUUUUGACAAACAAUUUACACCAGCUAGCCAACUACUCGUCAGCUGGCGGAGAGUAGUCCUAGUCACUCACCCUGCAGUUGGCUUAACUCGAAUGUCUGAACUUUCCUUUGCAGAGUUCUCGCAAACAUUUUCUCCACCAACCCUCGUGCCAACUUUAAAUGCCCUCCUCGCUGGCCUAUCUCUCCCAUUCAGGCUCACUUCCCCAACGGACCUGGCGCCUUCUUUACUCCUUGCAAUUUUAGAGUCCAUACUCGAGUCCCGCCUCCCUAUCCCAGCUCCAAUCCGUGCCUCUCGCUCAUCUCUUGCAAAAGUAGAAGCGAUGAAGGUUUUCCUUGGCGUACUCGAGUGCGAUGUCCUUCCAUCAGAUGAGGACAUCGGCCUCGCGGACCUUGAUCCCCGGAGACUGGCGGAUGGAUGCUGGGAAGAAACUGUUUUCGUUGGUGAGCUGCUUUGUUGGCUGGGGAGGAAACGAGGCAUUAUCGAGGCGUUGGUCGGUGAUGAUAGCGAGGGCGAGGUAGAUCUUACAGCUUCGAUGCUGUUGCAUCCAGAAUCUUCCUACAAUGUAGAGCUGUCGCACAUCACAGACGUCCCGCGUCACCCACGCGUUGCUUCUCCCUCCACGCGGUCCACCACUACCAUGAGCGCGCAGACCGACCUAUCCAUGCACAACGUACCACAUACCGAGUCUGACACGAGCAUGGCAGAUUCUGAACUCUCAGAUCGCACAGAGACGCAGCCACUCCACGACACUAGUAUAAAUCACCACCCUCAAUGUAUUCACGAGCUCGAGGACCCAUCAUAUUUCCUCGAGCAUGACGCUUCUUAUGCGUCCAAUGUUGAUGAAUCGAUGGAAGAAUUAGACCCCGACCACUCUACCCAAUCGACCUCCUCAGACGAGCAGCCUCCGACUCCUACACCUCAGCCUGUCCGUCUGAAAGGCUGGAUCGGCGCUGUUGAUUCUGAACUUGAAAUCAAAACAUUCGCAGCGAACAAGCUUAAUGCAAGCACGCCUGUCAAGGCCAAGAGUCAACGGCGGAGUUCUGGUCUUUUUCCCGUGACAAGCGGGAAUUCUACUCCACGCAUGCCGACAACGUCAGUGCGCAUGCCUGCUAGCGCGCCUUCGGCACGGACGUGGGUUGACAACUUCUCUAUCCUUGGGGCUGGCCCUUCCCGCUUGCCAUCGCUGCCAUCAUCAGCACAAACGCGGAAGGCAGAUUAUUGUUCUCCCACAGAACGCACGGUUGCACUUCUGAACGAGCGCGCGAGACUCCUCAGUGAACUCGCAGAUCUGCGUCGGAUUAGAAAGGCCAGUCGAUGACGGGCAAGCGGGGAUGCCAUGUUUGCACCGGCUGCGUUUAGUGUGUAGAGCGUAGCUUCGAUGUUCCACUCAAGUCUUUUGCGAUCUUUUAUCUCCGCUGAUAAUGUUUGGAUUACUUAUUAGUGUAACUGUCUAUUAUAUGCCUAGCCUAAUUGUGUACUUCAAGUUGUGCAUUUCACGAUAUUGUUUGUUCAUGUUGAA